GCUGGUUGCGAGUCUCGGUUUGGAAGCGCUGCGGGGCGGGACUUUUACGUGCCCGGGGCGAAGUUCUCGCUCCGUGCUACUAACUUGGGGAUCAGCUGAAUUGGUUGCACGUCUGAAAGCGCAGUUCAGGAAACUGGGAAAUCCCGCUUCUAAAGUGCCCAAAUAGUUACUCCUCCCUUAGGGGGGAGUAGUAAACGUGGAGAAAGUAAAGAGUCCGCAGGGUUGCCAGAUGGAAUAGCGCUGCGCCUUGUACUUCGAUAGCCUGUAUCCAGAGCGCUCCCAGGUGUAGAUUUCCCCCUCCCUGCCCGGGGUUGCUGUGGUUCUGAUCGGCCAUGGAGAUGUUGGAAGGUGGAGAGCAGAACCUUUUGCAGUGGGAUCGAAAGCUGAGCGAGCUGUCAGAACCGGUGGACUCUGAUGCCCUGCUCUACAGCACGCAUUUCACGGAACUCCUCGACGAGUUUUCCCAGGACAUUCUGGGGCAGCUGCUGAACGAUCCCUUCCUGACGGAGAAGAACGAGGCAAUGGAAGUGGAGUUGUCGCCAGCUUCUCCAGCCCCCCUCAUUCAGGCCGAACACAGCUACUCCCUCUGUGGCGACUCUCGACCCCAGUCCCCGCUGACCCACAUUUCAGCUGACGACACUUUCAAUGAAGACAUGGAAAAUGAAGACUGGGGCCUGGGUGCAGAGCUGGAUUCAACCUCCAUCAAGACAGAACCUGCUGUGGAGGCAGCUCCUGGUCUUGCGCCAUCUGUCAGCCUCACUGCUACAGCAAGUGCCAUGACCCUGGAGGGGGAAGCGUCUCCGCCGCAGGAAGAUGACACGGCCAAACCACUGAAUCACAAAGCUGUCCCAGAAAUCAAACUGGAGCCUCAUGAGGUGGAUCAGUUCCUAAAUUUUUCUUCCAAGGAAGCGAUGGAUGCCCUUCACAUGCCUCCGACUCCCCCUAGCAGCCAUGGCAGUGAUUCCGAGGGUGGGCUGAGUCCAAGCAGGUCUCUUCCACCAUCAAGUCCCACACAGUUGCAAGCUGGUGGUAAAGUGACCCCACGCGUGGCUUCAGUUCUCACCAAUUCUCCUCUCUUAACAGCACCACAUAAACUGCAGGGCACAGGUCCUCUAAUCUUGACAGAGGAGGAGAAGAGGACACUGAUAGCAGAAGGGUACCCUAUCCCUACAAAACUGCCUCUCACAAAAGCCGAAGAGAAAGCACUUAAGAAGAUCCGUAGGAAAAUCAAGAACAAGAUCUCUGCCCAGGAGAGCAGGAGAAAAAAGAAAGAAUAUAUGGACAGCCUGGAGAAAAAGGUCGAGUCCUGCUCCACUGAGAACAGUGAGCUUCGCAAGAAAGUGGAAGUUCUAGAGAAUACAAACAGAACACUCCUGCAGCAGUUACAAAGGCUUCAAGCCACGGUGGCCGGCAAAGUGUCUCGUUCGUGCAAAGCUGCUGGUACCCAGACAGGAACAUGUCUCAUGGUGGUAGUAUUAUGCUUUGCAAUUAUUUUUGGCAGCUUCUCACAGACUUACGGGCCUAAUUCCUCCACCACAAAGGCAGUCCUGCCAAAUCAACAUUCCACACCAGAAUCAUAUACUGCCUCCAUAGUGCGGUCGAGAAGCCUGCUAACUUAUGAGGGGCCUCAUUCCUUGGAGGAGCCACAUCUCUCAGAUCUCAGCAAUGGCUGGGACAGGCACAUGGAUGCCUCCAAACACUCAGCUCUGUCCUUGGAAUCCGUAUCCAGAGCUCAGUAUGACCAAGUCACAGAGAUCACGAUAGCCAAUGAAACUCGGCUAGAGAAGUCAGUGCUGCUGGAGCUGCAGCAACACAGAGUCGGCUCAGAGUUGGAUGCAAGCAAAACACUGAAGUUCAUUGAAAUUGACAGAAGAGUUAAUGCUACAUCUUAAAAAGAAAAAUAAAUAAGGGAUCUUUCUUGUCCCUUCUUUUCUUUUUUCCUACCAAAGGACUGAGGAACUUGUCAGUAAAUCCAGGGCAGAAGGGGAAGCAUUUGUCUGAUUUCUGUACCAGAUCGGGAGGAAGUGGCUUUGCUCUUGUUCUCUGUCUCCCCUUCCCUAAUUGUUGCUGCCCAAAACCACAUUCUUUAGCUUGCCUUAAUGGACCUGCACCCAACAAGGAGAAUGUAAAGGCAACUGGGCCAGAAAGAUGUUGCUGAUGUAUAAAAGAAGCAGCCAUAAUUCUUGAGGCACUAAAGAGCUGAACAAAUACCCAAGUAGCACUCAUGUUAUUGUAAAAAUGAAUGAUGUGUCUGAGUUCCCUUACAAAUUUGUACAAAGAGAGUUGGCCCUGUAGAGGCUACUUAUACUAUUGGGGUGGGGAGUGAAUUUGUGAUCCGUUUUUGUAGUGAAAUGUCACCAAAAGUUAGCAAACCUCUAUAAUGCUACUUUGAAAAAUCAGCUUAGUUGGUGAACAUUGUUCCACACUUUAAAGUAGGACAAUAGACCUACUGGAGAAAGCACGUUUGGUUUCAGAAGAAGAAUUUGACUGUGGUUAUAUUGGGCAGUGAAGGGAGGUGGGGAGGAACAGUUGAUCGCAUUUUGCCAGUAGACUGCCAGCGUAACAUUGCGGGAGUGCUAACAAAGCACGCCGUUUUCAUUUCGGAUCUCUGUAAUCUCAAAAUAUUUAACAAGGAUACUUUUCACCCCUGAGUGAUGUUUCUCUGAAAAACGCACAGUACAAACUCUGUACUAUUUCUGGUGGAGAAAAAUGGAACAAGCUCAAAUUGUCAGAAACCCUGGCCAAUCUAAAAGGGUUUGUAUGCUUCUUUUAGUAGCAUUUGAGCUUUUUGUGAUUCUAAAUAAACCCACAGUAGCCUCGCCUCUUGUCUAACAUAGGGUGCUAUACUAAAGAGACUGGAUUACCCCACAUCUCUGCUCCUAUAUCCUGCAACAAUGGAAGGAAAAUUCUGCCAGUUGACUAUGAGUUGUGUGAAACAGUUUGAUGAAGAUUCUGUUCCGCACUGGCCACUGUAGCCCCACUUUAUCUAUUAAAGCCCAUGUUACUUGUGUACUUCUUCUCCCCUCCACAACAUACAAGGACUAGAAAUUUGUCCAUUUAUUAAAGUGGAGGUUGGGAUUUUUAGAUUAUCUGGCAGUUUUGCUGCCUCCCAUUAUUUGUAGAGUGCAAUAAACCAGUGUCUUUGGUUAAUCUACAAACCAGAAAGCAGUUAAUGGCUUAAAAGCUCUUACAUACCUUUUUUGGGGUUUUUUUUUACACAUAUGACCCUACAGAGUCAUCUCUGGUACUGCCAGUGUAAAUAUCUGCAUGGUAGAAAAAGGCAAAAUUCAGUCCCUCUGUUGCGUGGUCUGCAUUCGAAAGAGGUGCCUCUUGAACCCCAGCAAUUUGAAAACCAGGUGCUCAGAUUCCCCUGCCAUCCCUCCCUGCUCUGUUGUAAAUAGUAUUUAUUAGUUUCCCCUCAUUUUCAUCUGGCAGCCAGAAUGAUAAGCCAGGGCCACAACGUCUUUUUCAGAUGCUUUUGGUGAAUUGUUGAGAAAUUUCCAAACUUGUUUUGAUUUCCAGCAAUGAAGCAUAAAACCAGUGCCAUCACUUGUUUAAACUUUGUCCUUUCCUGGUUUUGUUUCUUGGUUGUGCAUGUUCUGAAAUCAGGGGGUGGUAUGUAAAACAGGGAAGGUUUAAUAACCUGUCUGCUUGGCAGGUUCCAGGUUAUUGUCACUUCAUAUGAUCACAGCUUCUACUUUGGACACCAGCAGCCAAUUUGGGGAUUAGAAAAUGCAGUAAACAUCCGCUGCAGCUCUCAUAAUGAGGGCUGUCAAUACAGUUACCUGUGUGUGAGUUUCCAGACUAGUCACCAGCCUCUUCAGAUCAUUCUAGUGGGCAUUUAUUAAUGUGGAUAUCUGGAAUGUGCAGCACAUCCUUUUUCCUCCCCACAAAUAACAUAGCUCCCAGGUAUCUCUAGCAAAAUUAUAUCUGUCUGCUUAGAUCUUUCAAAACAAGGUCUUCUGUUGCUUUCCGGUGGAGUUUGUUGGGAUUAUCUCAAAUGGCUACAUGUGCAAAUGUCAAACUUUGAAAAUCAACAGGGUGGCUCAUUUUUUGUAUUACGCUUCAGUUUAUGACACUUGUCUGUUUCAAAAGUUGUCCUUGUCAGUGAUUCUGUAUGUGCAGCUAUGACACUUUUAGAAAGUUUGUGGGUGGUCUUUUUAAAAAGAGCAUCAUUUUAAAUUCUGUAUCUAUGGAAAUCGGCAAUGGUGUUGGUAACGCUUCUUAAUCCAUGUUACUGGUACGUAUAUGGUGGCUUUGUUUUUGCUGAAUAUAUUCUGUAACUUCACUCUUAUUUCCCCAUGCAUUUGCUAUUGGUUCUGUAUAAAUUAAUGUUUUUUUUAAUAUCUUUGAUUCUGAACCAGACUCCCUCUGAUGUAAUCAGUGGUUUCCAUUUUAAACCAAAGAUUUGUUCCCUUUUUCAUCAGCUGUGGUUAGCAACGUUAUCCAAUUCUUGAUUAUAAAGCCAGGUUUCGUGUCAAA